AUGCCACCCUUACCACCACCAAAGCCACGUGUGAAUUUAGAAGCAAAAAUGAAUGCAGCUAACGAUCGUUUUGUAUCGGAACAGAUAAGGGGAAACGAUCAGAUAAUUACAAGAGCACAUUCGGUGCUGCCAGCAUCCGUUAGGCCUGUCCCAGCAGGCAUAGCUCACUUUGGUCACGGAGGUACGGAUGAGGAGUACAUACCAACAUCACGAGCUAUCGAGCCUGAUCUGGUUGCUAAAGACAGGUAUGAUCCAGCGAGUAAAUGCUUCUCGUACGUACCUGCACGAGCUCUAAGCGAGCAUUUCACUACACCGCGAAAACCGCAGCGAGCUAAAAUGGAAGAACACGUCACUUCGGCCUUGAACGUUGAGCCUUCACAGUCCGAAAUCGCAUCGGUAUCUGUAAAACAUUCCGAGUUACAACGACGACCUGAAACACCGAAGUGGGAAGACGACAUUGAAAAGGUUCACUUCUUUGAUGAUUAUUGA